GGCACAAAAGGUAAUCCGAGAGCCGUCUUUUGUCCUAAAUGGAUAUAAAAGUGUGGCGACUCCUUGGCCAGAGCUGCAGAAGGAGUACAGCGCUGGUCAGGCACAGAUAGAGCAGGAUGCCGUGGUUGCCCAUUUCCAUUAUGGCACUGGCGCUGCUUAGCCUGACAAAUGAAGGAAUCGCCAGUCAGUACGCCAGCGAUGGAGGUUUUGACGAGGUGGUGGGUCUAAAGAGUCUGGAACAGCGCGCGGAGGAGCAGCAGCCCGAUCACAGUACAUCGAAAAUGCUUAGUGCCCUGUUCGGAUUCAGUCCUAGCACUCCACAUCCCACGGAGAUGGCGAUGGUCAUGCCCCAUCAGCUGCCGCCCAUGUACUAUAACGAUUUCUAUGAGGAUCUGCUGACCACUAAACGCAAUGAUGUCCAUUCCGCAGGCUGCGACUGCAAAGUUACGAACGAGCUCGUAGACCUGGGUGGUCUGCACUUCCCUCGCUUUCUGAUGAAUGCCGUUUGCGAAUCGGGCGCUGGUCGGGAUCUGGCCAAGUGCUCGCAUGGGUCCAAUUGCAGGCCACUGGAAUAUAAGGUUAAGGUACUGGCACAGACCUCUCAGUCAGAUCACUCCUAUUCGUGGAUGAACAAGGAUCAACCUUGGCAGUUCAAGACCGUCACCGUAACUGCAGGCUGCUUCUGCACAAAGUGAUUGAAUGGAUGUGAGCAAC